AUGUUUUCGUUGCCUCCCGAAGAGCAACACCCGGCGCCCGAACCGUACUCUUUUGCCUAUACGUCUCCCAACGAUGACGGGACCUUCAAUGCCAGAGAAGAGACCGGCGAUGCCGACGGAAGAGUCACUGGUUUUUAUACAUUACUCGGCGCUGACGGACAACAGAGACGGGUUGAGUACAUCGCCGAUGAGAAUGGAUUCAGAGCUAAUGUAAUCACUAAUGAAAUCGGAACCGAAUCCCAAAAUCCAGCCGACGUUCAGUUUCUCUCAUCGGCGCCGACAGCCGCUGAACUCACCUCUCAGUGGGAAGCGGCCAAUGCUGGCAGACCUCGACCCGCGCCGGGACCUCAAGCCCGACCCAUUGGUCCCAUUGGUAUCGGUGGACCAGCUGUUGGCCCCAUUCCGAGACCACCGAUCGCUGGACCCGGAAUUGUAAGCCCCGGACUUGUUAGACCCCCUCCUCCCAGAGGUCCCAUCGGUGGCAUUAGAGGAUCCGUUGGCAUUCCUCAGGGACCCGGACUUAUUAACGCUCCCAUUGGCCCAAUUGGUGGCGGUAUUGCCGGCGGACAAGGAUUAAGAUUCGGUGGACAGGGAAUCACGGGACCAGUUGGUGGUCAAGUGGGUCCCCUUCCCGGACCAUUUGGUCCGGUUAGCAGUGGCGCAGGUGUUGGCGGAAUACGUAUCGCUGGCGGUCCUAUUGGUGGCCCAAUAAAUGGCGGAUUUACAAGAGUUCAGGGCAUUAAUCCAUUGGGCGGUGGAAUCGGAUUCGUUGGCGUUGGCGGAGGAGCGGCACCGAUUGGCUUUGGCGGACAACAACAACAACAAGGAGGACAGUUUGGUUACGGUUUAAUCCCAUUGGGAGGCAAUUUGCAACAACUACAAGGUUUCCGAGGCUUUGGUGGGCCCGUCGGCAACGGCCAGAAUCUUCAAGGACUGCGAGCCAUACCGAUUGGGAACUACGGAAACGGACAAUACGGACAGUACGGAAACGGUGGCAUCAUUUUGAUUCCGGCGGGCAAUGGGGCCGGUGUUGAAGACCUUUCAGGUGCGUCUAAUGAUCAGCAAAGACUUGUUGGCACCGAAUCCAAGAGAAACGAAGAAUGCGAGAGACGUCAGCAGAUUAGACGACAAUCCAACCAAAAAGUGACCAAAGCUUAAAAUUAUUGGUCACUCAAUUGGACACC